UUUUUUUCCCCCUUUCCAUUUUAACAUGGAGUAAAAGAAAACAAAAAGCAAGGCGCAUUAACUACUUCCGCCCUCACAGGGGCGGUCACUACCGUUUCUGCUCACUCACUUCUAUUUACUGUAUUUAGAAAAGGCCAUACCAUGUCAGCUUGCUUGUCAAACCUGUGUAAUUGCUACAGUAGAAUGUUGCUACUGUGGUCGGCGGUCCUGCUCGGCUUUAGCUGGGUCAGCGAUGCAGACUUUUCUCCUCCACAGUUUAAUAUUAGCUUGGAUCAGCCGCCAGAAGAGCGGUGGUUACCACUGACGAAACAUUUUGAUGGAGCUUUUAUGAGGAAAGCUGCAGCUCAAGUAAUAGAUUCCACAGUUCCAAAGUGGGUUCAUCGUGCCGUGGAGCCGAUAGCAGCUGCCCUAGAGGAGUUCUUCCCACAGCCCUAUGCAGGGGAGAUCCGUGGAGUGGCCACAGGCUUCGGACUGAGCAUUGGGGACGUUGUUCUCUUGAAUUUUGCCUACGAGACAACUGCGUUCUGCACCAGUAUUGUUACUCAGGAUACUAAAGGAAACAUUUACCAUGGCAGGAACCUGGAUUACGAACAUGAUGAUAUUCUGAGAAAUAUUACAGUUGAUGUCCAGUUUAUACGAAAUGGACAGGUGGCUUACAAAGGAACGACAUUCGUUGGCUUAGUAGGCCUGUGGACUGGACAGAGUUCCAACAAGUUCACAAUUUCUGGAGAUGAACGUGCCCAAGGCUAUUGGUGGGAGAAUGCGUUUGCUGCAUUUGUGCAGAAAAAUACACCUGUCAGCUGGCUUAUGAGGAAUACUCUUGAGGAAGCUGUAGACUUUGAGGACGCAGUAAUGAAACUGGCCAAGAUCCCCAUCAUUGCAGAUGUCUAUUACAUCGUCGCAGGUGCCAGACCCAACCAAGGAGUGGUGGUGACCAGAAACAGGGAAGGACCUGCUGAUAUCUGGCCUCUUGAUCCUGUGAAUGGACGCUGGUACCAAGUGGAGACAAACUACGACCACUGGACCACCCCUCCUCCGUUUGAUGACCGAAGGACUCCUGCCAUCAAGGCACUCAAUGCUACUGGGCAAGAGAAUAUCAAUUUGGAUACUCUUUUUAAAGUAUUGUCUGUGAAGCCAACCCUUAACAGUAUCACCAUUUAUACAACUGUCAUGAGUGCAGCUUUCCCAGAAAUGUACCGGACAGAAGUUAGAAAGAAAACAUAGUGCUUUUUAGUUUUUGCUGUUUUAAAAAAAGAACAAAAAGGUCAUUGAGCAGACCUGAUGAAUGAAGACUAAUCAUUGGUUAGAAAUAUAGGAAAUCAUCUAUUUUUAUUAUGCUAAAACAAUUAUUAUUAUUAUUUUUUUUUUUGUAUUAAACCAUUGCACAUUUAAAUAGUUAUUGUGCAUCUGGCUUUUUUUAAGGCCACUUUUUUCUUAUGCCCCUUUUCGUACUCUGUAUAAAGACUGUUUUUUCAGUGCUUACAGUUUUCCAUACAGUAUUGCAUUAACUUACUGGGUUAUUGUCAUGACCAGGUUUUCUAAUGUUUCACUGCUUGGGCUGGACCACAUCUAACAACUGGGUUUCUAUACACCCCGCAUAUCAAGCUGAAAUGUUUCUCUUGUGUUGCCAGCUGUGUCAAGAUCUCCAUGUCCCAAAAGUAAUAAGACUUAUUCUGUUAUUAUAACAAGAAUAACAUUGAUUACUUCAGUUUUGCUUUCUUCUUUUUGUUUUACUUUUAAAACAAUAAAAAAUAUACUUUUUUUUACCAAA